GCCACACACACACAUACACACACACAUAGAUACACACACAUUGGCAGACAAAGCUACACAGGAUACAGCAGCAGCAGCAGCCUCCCUGUCUCCAGGAGGACCACAGACAGUUCAGUGAUAACCCACUGCGCAAAUCCCUGCACAUCCCACACUCACAGUCAUAAUGUUGGACACGCUAAGCAGCCAGUAUGACUCCUUCCUCUUCUGGAAGCUGCCCAUCCCAGAGCUGGACCUCUCCGAGCUACAGUGCUUGGGCCUGGAGGACAUCAAGAAGACCUCCAAAGACGAGACGCAAGAUGAAAGCCUCCUGAUGCAGUACAAUGCCUUCAACUUCUGGCGAGCACCUAUAGCAAGCAUUGACACCUUUGACUUUUAGUUCCUUUAAAAGCAACCAACCAAGGCCUAGUUGUAAUCUACCUGCCUUUCGAACACCGACCACCUAUAAUGUUUGUUUGUUUGUUUGUUUAUUUAUUUAUUUAUCAGUUCUAAGACCCUGGAGGUUUCAUCAUGAAUGUGUUUGCAUUUAUUAUGCUUGAAGUACUUAUAUAUUGUUUUUAUCUGGACAUAUUUGCUGACAUCCAAAAAUCCAGUAUUGUGUUUUGUCACACGUGAGGCGUCCACCGCCUCACCUUCUCUCUGGCCUUUCAAGUGAUGUGUCCGCUGCUUGUUGGAAAGCUGAGCCUAGCUCCUUGAUAAGCCCCAGAGUGAUAGGAACACGCAGCCGGAAAAUGAUAAAGUGUCUCUUUAGUGGCAGAUAGUGGCCUAUUACCUAAAUGCAAACCACCAAUUUAUGUAUAGAAAAUGUUGGUGCACGUUUAACGUAAUCAAAUAACACAAUUGAUUUUAUUGGCGGCAAAAAAAAAUACUGCACAGUAAAAAUGCACUGUAAUUGGAUAGGUCGAUAAUAUUAUUGGGCUAAAAAGCCAGUUUUUGCCGUGCGGUAUAUUAUCGCCGGCACGGAUAGCGCCCAUUGACUAUACCUUGUAGCAAAACUGAUGCCUGCAGGUUAUAAAGACAAACCAAAAACUAUAUAGUGGAUAAGUGGGGAUGUUGGCCAUAGCAACCAAAUAGAUUCCAGCUAUUAUAUUCUAGUCUGUAUUAUAUAAAUGAUAGCUAGAAUUUGAUUGGUUGAUUUGGGGAACGCCUCCUCUUUUCCUUUACAGAUCUGUUUAUAAAUAGAUCUAGAUCUUUUUGAAUCAAGUAUAUUGCACACUUCAAGAUUGUAAAAUGACAUAUUUACUAAGGUGUGGUGAUAGUGGGUGGGCGGAGCUAGUGAGACGCGAGCUUUGUUGGGGAAUCCUGAGUUUGUCUGGAACAAGGCAGGCUUCUGUAAGAACAUAACUGAGAUCUGACUGGUUAAGUUGUGGCUUCUGGAGUCAUUUAAAGAUUUUGUCUUUUAAAGACCGUGUUCACUUCACGUUAUACGCCUGGUUGUCGCCCACAUCCUCCAGUGGUAAUCAGGUGACUUGAUGCGCAUUUGUUCACCGAGCACCCGUAAUUUGCACUGCUGCAAAUAAAAUGUCUCAUUUA